AUGACUAAGGUAUUGUGGUGGUGUGCAUGGAGCACCUACAAAAAGGAGUUGGAUGAUUAUUUGAGGACAUUAGGUCAACUGUCUGAAGAAGCAAAAGACCAUUUGUUGCAUUUUCCAAUACAAACUUGGUGUAGAGUGUUUUUUGAAACUGUUUGCAAGAAUAAUAAAGUGGAAAACAAUUUGGUUGAGUCAUUCAACUCUUGGAUCUUAGAAGCAAGACACAAGCCAAUAAUUGGUAUGCUUGACGAUAUAAGAAUCAAAGUUAUGACCAAGUUUGUCAAAAAUGAAGAUGAGCUGAUGACUUGGAACUGUGAUUGGAGUCCUACAACUAUUGAAAUGUACAAUGAAUUCUUGAAGAUUGCUAAUGUGUGUGAAUUAAAUUUCAAUGGAGAUGAUGGAUUUGAGGUAAGUGAAGCAAAUGACAGACACAUUGUCAAUUUAGCAACUAAGAAAUGCACCUGUAGGAUGUGGGAUCUUACUGGAAUACCCCGUCCUCAUUCAAUCAAGGCUCUUCUUUACAAGAAUCUUGAUCCAUUGAAAGAGAUUCACUGGUGGUACUCUAAGGAGGCAUAUAUUUUGACUUACCAUUGUAAGCUACAACCAGUGCCUGAUCAAAAGUUUUGA